AUGUCGGACUUCACUGAAGCCAACCGGGAGUACUUCGAUAAGCUCGCUACUUCCUACACGGGUCGGUUUGCGGAUGCCUCGAGAAUGCUGGCAUCUCAGACCGUGCAGCAUCGAAACUGGAUCAGUGAACGGUGGACUGAUACAGAAGCUGGUAAAUCCAAAGAGAUCAGGAUGCUCGAGUAUGCCUGUGGACCUGGAGUUGUAUCUAUGAGUCUCGCCCCAUUCGUCACACAAAUCAUUGGCGUCGAUAUUUCGGAUAAUAUGGUUGCAGAGUUCAAUCGCAAUGCUAGCUCUCUUGGUCUUGCAGACAAGGCGAUUGGUUACAAAGCAGAUCUGCUUGCAGAGAACCCUGCAGCCCAGGAGAUUGAGUCCGCAUGUGCAAAUCUGGAUAUGGUGACCAUCAGCAUGGCCCUGCACCAUUUUGAAAACCCCAGCACUGCUCUGAAGCGUCUGGCUGAGCGCUUGAACAAGAGUGGAGUGUGCUAUAUUAUCGAUCUUGUAGCCCAUACCGAUGCUCAUGGCCAUGCACACGAGCAACACAAGGAUGACUUUGCUGAAGCGGCCCACACCAUCAAGACACAUGGGUUCUCCUCUGAGGAUAUGCAGAGACUUUUCGAAGGAGCUGGACUCACUGGGUUUAAAUACGAGGUUUUAUCUGAGCCUCUUACUUUCAGCACCGAGGAGCGAUCCUUUUCCAAGACUGUGUUUGUUGCUCGGGCCCAGCGUGCAUAG